GGUGUGGUUGUCUGACACAAGCGGGAGGGAGAUUUACUAGGAAGGGAGCGAUAAAGAAGUGGGGAGAGUUGGAGAAGAAGGGUUACAAGGCAAGGUAUGAAUUCUUAUUUCGCAAACCCGUCGCUCUCCUGCCAUUUAUCCGGUGGCCAAGAGGUUUUGCCCAACGUGCCCAUCAACUCCAGCACCUAUGACACAGUCAGACAUUUCUCGUCCUACGGAGCCGCGGUGACCCACCAGAACCAUCGGAUAUACGCGCCUUUCUACUCGCCUCAAGACAACGUGGUGUUCGGCUCGGGCCGGACUCAGUAUGACUAUGGAUCAAACGUCUUCCUGCAGGACAAGGACGUGCUGCCCAGUUGCAGGCAAACAAACAUGCACGGCGCGCAGAGCCACAUCGGCCAAGACUACACGUUGGACCAGAGCAGGGCGGCCCAGGAGCAGAAGAGCAACGUCCCGAUCUACCCGUGGAUGCAGCGCAUGAACUCACACAGCGCAGGAGUGGGCUACGGGACGGACCGACGCAGGGGACGUCAAAUCUACUCCCGCUACCAAACACUAGAGCUGGAGAAGGAGUUCCACUUCAACCGCUACCUGACCAGGCGCAGACGCAUCGAGAUCGCCAACGCGCUUUGCCUGACCGAGCGCCAGAUCAAGAUCUGGUUCCAGAACCGGCGCAUGAAGUGGAAGAAGGAGAGCAACCUGACCUCCGCGGUGCAGGCCGGCGCGGGGGGCGAAUCCACGGCGGCGUGCACGACGACGACGCAGGACGAGGACCGCGGUGGCGCAGUUGAAGAAUGCAAAGAGGAGGAUGAUAAGAAGAAGGAAUAGCUGCAGAUUAAAAAAAAAAAAAAGCAACCCCAACAUUACUACCUAAAAAAAUGGAGCUGAAAGGGACGACACUGCAUGACUGCCCCCUCCUCUCUAUGUCAUGACAACAAAAUCAUUUCAGCCACAUUAUGAACCCUCUUAUGGAUCACUUUUGUUUUUUUGUUUUUUUUUUACCUUGUAAGUGCCACACUUGUAUUGUGCAAAUGAUAAUAAUAAUAAAAAAAACCGAAGUAUUAAUUGCUGUAUUUCCAAUGCCAGUAUUUAUCCCACACGCAUCAAUGUGAAGAAGUCUCUGCUCACCAAAUUCAGUGUUAUGUUUAGCCUCUACAUUCCACGGAAGAAAGACAAGAAGGAUAAAGUCACAGUGUAAAAAAACAAAACCUUGAAUAUGUGAACAUAUAAAUUGCAGA